UAGUACUCUAGCUUUAUAGGUGAAAGCAGCGCAGAAGAAGUUGCUAUCAGAGGAGUCAGCUCUGUGGUUGAUGUACUUAGAGAAGGAGAUGGUGUCCUGGUCACAGAACACCAGAGAGAGAGCAUUCCCUGAUGGCGACACUGACAGCAGCUGUGAGAAAGAAAAAAAACAGCAAACUGCACUGAAUCUGGCAGUAGUUGACCUAAUAAACUGGUGAUACUGGUGUGAGAGAUCAUCCAUUCUUUGAGGAAGUGGACUGGCAGAAUCUGCUGAGAGAGAAGGCAGAGUUCUUUAUUCCCCAGCUCGACACCUCUUACAGUCGGUCACUACAAUACUUGCUACGUCUUAUUGUAAAGAGACUAAACAAGAGAUCUCCACUAGGCCAGGAGGCAUCAUGUGUGAUUCAGGCACACUAUCUUUCCUCUGUGGUGUGUGCGAUGGUCAGUGGUGAUGCCAUAUUAUAAGAUGAGCUUUUUGUCUGCUCAACUGAAGUUGUGUUCUGUGUUCGGUGAGUCAAGAAAAAGCUCACAAAUGCUUGACGUCUCCUUUAGACUACAAGUGUAUACUACAGUUCUCUGUUCAGUUGAGUCAAGGAAUACCUGACACAUGAACACAAAGACUUCUUUAGACUGCAACUGUGUAUAUUGUGUAAAGCAGCAGGUGAAACAAGUGUUGUCUCCUCCCAACCCCCAGUUCUGAGUGGGUCAUCGUCGACCACACCCACUCCGGUGAGCAGUGAGGAGGUAGUGCCGUCCUCUGGCCAGCCGACGGCGGCCGAGACUGUCAAGAUCCUCCGGACUGCCACUGGUGUUGCCAACACUAGUACAACUACUGGUGGUGGUGGCAGUGAGAGGGCAGGAGACGCUGCACCAGAGGGAGAAGAAGAGGACAACAUUGUCACCACAAUUGAUGAGGUGAGUGAUGAGGAACCAAUGUUGGACGAGGGAGAGAAGACCCCAGAGCCACUCCAACAGAUGCCCACCUCUCCCCCUCCCUCCAUCACCACCCACUCGUACACGGCUGCCUCGUGUCUCUCGCAGAGGAGGUCUGGCCUCGGCGACGACAUCUCUCAGAUCUCCAUCGCUGACAUCACUGUGUGUCCACCCACUCCUGGAGUGGUGGCGGGAGUUCAGGACAGUGGGUCCAGCAGCAGCGUGGCCGAGGCCAGUCCUCUCAGCAGCCCGCGGCACUCCCAGAUGGUCACCAGUACAUACGCAAUCAAGAGAGGUCCCAGUGGCUACGGCAUGAUCCUCAAGGCCAUUCGAGUCUACAUCGGACAGACUGACGACUACAGAAUACACCACAUCAUUGAGGUAUGGUAUUGCAUGCUGCAGACUCCUUUACAUUGUACUGUAUACAUACGUGUUAUGAAACGUGACAAACUCUCCCUUUGUACAUGUUUCCUGCAGAAAGUGGACAAGAAAGGUCCGGCGUGGGAGGCAGGUCUGAGGAAAGGUUGCCUGGUGACGCACAUCAACGGUCAGUCGGUCAUCGGACUCCACCACAUACAAGUCAUGAAACUCAUGAUCGACAAACACAAUUCUUUCUUGUACAUCAACACCAUUCCUCUUGAGGACACCAGCAUUCGCAAGGACAAGAAGAAGAGGCUGCCGACACUGGGUCAUCGAGUGGGGAAGCUCUUCCGCCACCGCUCGAGCGGGAGCGGUCGAAUAAAGAAGAAGUCGUUCAUCAGUCGCAUGCGAGGGAGGGACAGGAAAGGAGUGGACAGCUCUGGCCACUCCUCCAGCAGCACACCCUCACCAAAACACUCCUCGUCUCCAGCCAGGACCGAGUCCUUCAAGCAGAAGCUUGUGUCCAAGAUGACUCCGCGAAGACGACCCACCCCGGUGUCCCCUCUGGCUCGCAGCACCUCCCCGGUCUCCCUCGCACAGAUCAUCACCCCAAACUCCUCCCCUCCCGGCUCCGUGCAGAACCUGAGCUCCGCCUCCUUCACCACGCCCCCCAACUCUCCCCCCAUCUACACCAAGAGACUGGAGCGGCACAGCGUCACAGAGUCCCAGCUGGUCAUGCACAAGAAGUCCCAGAGUGCCUGCGAGCUGCCCACACCGAAGCACCCUUCCCCGCACACCUCACCCCUGCUGCAGAGAGCCAUGUCUCCCUCGUCAGAGGGCCCCGGGCUCCCGGCCAGACGCUCCACCACUCUCCCUCGACAGCACAAACACAAGACUAUGAGCAGCUCUGAGCUGACCCGCUCCACCUCCCACUACCACCCCAAGAAAGAAGAGGUCAAACUCUCCACAACACUCCUUCUUUCUUCUGUCGUUACGUUUCAUUAAGCAAGGGGCUGCCCCCCACACUCUCAAUAUUGUCUCUAUCCUGGAUCCUCACAUCAGGCACUACUCACUGUGCCUCAAGAUUCACACCCAAACUCUUUGUCUCAGUGUCAUAAUUUACAGUCUGUGUGUGAAUGUGUGUUUCUCUAUGCAGCGGUGUUUGUGUGUUGCCUUUUCUCUCCGUUUGUCU